CGAGCGGCGGGACGGAGCAUUGUGCGUGCGGCGCAGCCAGCCGGGCCGGGCCGAGCUCCGCAUUCUCCGCAGCCGCCGCCCCCCCCCGUCCCCAGCAGCAUGUCGGGCCGGUCGGUGCGGGCCGAGACCCGCAGCCGGGCCAAGGAUGACAUCAAGCGGGUGAUGGCGGCCAUCGAGAAAGUGCGCAAAUGGGAGAAGAAAUGGGUGACAGUUGGCGACACAUCCCUCAGAAUUUACAAAUGGGUACCAGUAACAGAGCCCAAAGUUGAUGAUAUCUCAAAGUUCUUUACAAAGAAAAACAAAAAUAAGAAAAAAGGCAAAGAUGAAAAAUGUGGCUCUGAAGUGACCACUCCAGAGAAUAGCUCUUCUCCAGGGAUGAUGGACAUGCAUGAUGACAAUAGCAACCAGAGUUCAAUAGCUGACGCUUCUCCAAUAAAACAGGAGAACAGUAGCAACUCAAGUCCAGCCCCUGAGCAGAACUCAGCAACACAAGCAGAUGGCACUGAAGUAAAGUCUGAUGAAACUCAAGCAGAUGCAAAGGAGCAACCUGGUUCAGAAGAUACUUCUGAUGAACAGAAUUCACAGUCUUCAAUGGAAAAUUCCAUGAAUAGUUCAGAGAAAGCAGAAAUUCAAUCCUCUGGAGAAAAUGAUAUAACUACAGAGGCAUCUAAAAACUCUCAGGACUCUGAAGGAGUGCCACCUUCUAAAAAGAUGAAAGUAGAGGCUUCCCAACAAAAUGUUGAAGAGAUUUAGACUAUAGAUUUUCCUGAUCAGUUUUUAUGUAAGGUACAUCAGUGGGCUUAAUCAUAGAACAACUUUACUUAAGCAUCUUCUCUUGGAUGAGGACAGAACUCCUAACUUUUCAAGUUACCAAGCAAAAAUCCAAGAAAACCUAGCAAAGGUUUAACUUCUCAGACACUGAAAACUUUUUCCUGUGAAACAAACAUUGAGAACUUUUAAGUUACUGUCUCUGAAAUGGUUGGAGUAAACAACUCAGGAGGGGUCUACGCACUGUUUCUAAAGUCAAAAUUACAAUUAUGUUGCUGCUGGUUUUUUUUGUUUGUUUGUUUUUUUCCAUUUCUCUAUUUAACAAUGUAAGAUAUUUAAGGAUGGUACAGGUCAGGUAUUAGCUUUCAUGUGAAGUUCAUUGUUCUGGCGUGAUGUCUGCUUUUGUUUUGUGCCUUGUGUUCUGAAAACAGUGCUAAUUUUUAAAGUUGUUUUGCAGCUGUCUCCUUUGCAAAGUGGCCUAUGUUUGUAUAAUGCCAUGUAGUAAGUUUUUCUGUUUUUUUUUAAUUUUUUUUAUUUUAAAUCCCUGGUGCUUAAAACUUAACAAAUAGAGAUAAAAUUGAUCUGGAAGCCAUUUUCACACUUGGAGUCCAAGGAGACAAAGAAGCGUCAUUUUACUUUUCUGCAACUACAGUGGAGACCUUUUAUUGAAUGCCCAGCAUUCGCAAACUGUAAAUCUGGUCUUUUAAACUAUUCUUAACUUCAUCGGAAGUUAAUAUGAUUUAUUUACCAUUUAUAUUCCAGAUCUGAAUAAAUUUAAUAGAAGUAAAGUAGAUUAAGUAAUAGGUCCAGAUCUCUGUACUGGGUACAGUAAUUGUUUUAUUAAAAAGUUCCACUAUAAAGAUAGGAUCAAAGGGAUUGAUGUGCAGCAAAUGAUUUAUUCUGAUAUCAGGUUUUCACUGAACUGGAUUUCAUUGUACUGUUCUUAAAUAAGAUGUUUACUGAUAUAUUCCAGGCUAUACUGUAUUUGGGAUUUUUUUAAACUUUCAGCUAGUCUUUGUAAAUAAGUCUUAUUUCCAUAAUCUCUACAUUAUUGAUAGAAAUUAUCCUUUCUUUUCAAUUAUGUUGACGCGUGCUUAUGCUAGGCUUGUUUGAGAGGCU